AUGAAAAGGGAAAAUCACACAGUGGUGAGUGAGUUUGUUUUCGAGGGUUUCUCCAGCUUCCAUGAACACCAGUUUACCCUCUUUGUGGCAUUUCUUAGUUUGUACCUUUUAACCUUGGCUGGCAAUGUCAUCAUUGUGACAAUUAUCAGCAUUGAUCGUCACCUUCACACUCCUAUGUACUUCUUCCUUGGUAUGCUUUCCAUGUCAGAGACUGUGUACACAUUGGUCAUCAUACCACGGAUGCUCUCCAGCCUCAUAGGUCUAAGCCAACCCAUCUCCCUGGCUGGCUGUGCUACCCAGAUGUUCUUUUUUAUCACUUUGGCCAUCAACAACUGCUUUCUACUCACUGCAAUGGGGUAUGACCGCUAUGUAGCCAUCUGUAAUCCUUUGAGGUACACAGUCAUCAUGAACAAGAAAGUAUGUGCCCAGCUGGCAUGGGGAGCCUGCAGCAUUGGGCUGCUUGUGGCUAUAAUUCAGAUUUCAUCUGUGUUCAGGCUGCCUUUUUGUGAUAGAGAGGUAGCCCAUUAUUUCUGUGACAUCCGCCCAGUUAUGAAACUCUCCUGUGCUGAUACCACCCUACAUGACAUAAUUAAUUUUAUCAUCAGUUCACUGGUUAUUGUGGUACCCAUGGGUUUGGUCUUCAUCUCUUACAUUCUCAUCAUUUCUACCAUCCUCAAAAUUACUUCUGCUGAAGGACGGAAGAAAGCUUUUGCAACUUGUGCUUCCCACCUCACUGUGGUCAUCAUCCACUAUGGCUGUGCCUCCAUUGCCUACCUCAAGCCUAAGUCAGAGAACACCAGGGAUCAGGACCAGCUGAUCUCCGUGACUUAUACUGUUUUCACUCCACUCCUCAACCCUGUUGUGUAUACUUUAAGGAACAAAGAGGUCAAAGAUGCCCUUCACCGUGCUAUUGGCAAGAAACCUCCUGCCUAG